AUGGGGGGGGGGGGGGGGUGGUGUAGAGAGGGAGGGGGGGGGUGGGGGAGGGCUGGAGGGGGGGCGUGGGGGGGGUGGGGGGGGGGGGGUGUGGUGUGGGGUAUCUAUGGGGGGGGGGGGUGGGGGGGUAUGGGGGGGGGUGGGGGGGGGUGGUGGUUGGGGGGGGGGGGGGGGGGGGGGGGGGGGGGGGGGGGGGGGGGAUUUGGGAUGGAAGGAUUUAAUAGGUGGGCUGCGGAGCAAUCAAGGGACAUGCUCAUCGGUCGUUGUAAAAGGGGGGGAGAGGGGGGGGGGGGGAAUGGGGGGGGGGGGGGUGGGGGGGGGGGGGGGGGUGGGGGGGGGGGGGGUGGGGGGGGGGGGGGGGGGGAUAGGGGGGUGGGGGGGGGUAAUAAUGGGGGUGGGGGGGGGGGGGGGAGGGGUGGGGUUUGUGUGGGGGGAGUUACAGGGGGGGGGAGGGAGAGGGAUUGUCAGGGGGGGGGGGGGGGGGGGGGGGGGGGGAGAAGGGGUCUGGUUUAG